AUGGAUGCUAACUGUGGUGAACUACCAAUCACUACUAGAGACGGAACUACCGCUGUCACAACCCGCUUUAUCAAGGGUGUUGACAAAAGGGCCACCAUCACUAAAGGCCGGAGCGACUUCUUCCGUCAGGCACACAUGAACAAAGGGCAAGCAUAUGCUUUCGCCUUCAAAUGCACUUCCAAGGGACUGCGCCUGAUCGUCUACUCAAUAUAA